AUGGCGAUGCGAAAGAGGCCAGCAGUGAACUACAGGGAAUUAAACAAUUUUUUGUCAGUUAUUUUAUACAAUACAACUCCGAAAGCAAAGCGGGCGACCCUUCCAUCUACGUACAAGGUUGAAAGGAUCAUUUCUAAGAGAAAAGUAAAAAAUGUAAGUACGAAAUAAAUAGGUAUGUUCCCUAUAUGUUUUCAGCUUUUACUAUAUAUUUAUCAGUUAAUUUUCUAUUUAUUUUUGUUCAGGACCACGAAUAUCUCAUCAAGUGGGAUGGCUGGCCGCUGGAGUGCUGUAGUUGGGAGCCUUCACUUCAUCUUAGCGAAGAUUUAUUGAGGUUAUUAUGGACUGUUUAAUAGUAUUUAUGUAUUUCGCUAAUUUUAGUAUUUGAUAUUGUUCAUAUUGCUGUACAAAUAGAAAUGCUAACUCAGUAUUGCUAUUAACUGCAGUGGUCAAGUGCAAUAGCACAUAGCAUACAAUAUAUACAUAUAUUAGUAGAUUAUUAAAUAUGCCAUUGAUAGAAGUUGUAUUCAUAAUUCACUAGAAUUCAUGAUGCAUAUUGUAUAACAUUAAAAAUGGUAAUUGAAAAGUAAAACUGAAAUUUUCUUUACAGAGGUUAUGAAAGACCACCAAAACCGGAUUCGCAGAAGCUGCAUGAGGCAAGCUGGCAGCUUUAUCAAGGUGUGCUCACAAGCUUGAAGUCAAAGUCAACUAGCCCGGUUUGUAUCCCAAUGCAACAUGACAUCUGGCGGUAUGUCACCAAUGGAAAAG